UAGGCAGGGUCCUUGACGGCCGCACACCUUUGCUGGCUCUUGUUUCGGACCAUUGCCGUUGGUGCCGUUGAGAUGCGAUGGCUGCUGCGGCGCCUCGCUCUCGGCCGUCCCCGUUGUUUUCAGUUCGGCGGCCUUUGACGGAACAAGGUAGCUAGGCGGCUCGCCGGAUGAUUGCCAAAGUAUGCAAAGGCGGGCGGGCCGGUGGAGGAGCGGAGCAGAGGACGACAGCUUCGGUUGCAUUGCAUUGGCGGCUUCCGUUUUGCAUGACCGACCUCAUCUCAAACCCCAACCACUCCUUGAUGAUCGAUGGACGAUCCUUAUCGGCUUAUCGCCGUCGCCAGCCCGGGUUAUAUAAUGGGGGAGGAGAUGGGCAGGGAGGAGCGCACGCCUCGUCGUCGUCCCCUCUCCUUCCCAUCCACCGUAGCUACCACCAUCUAUCCUACCCCGUUGCCGCCGUGCCGGUGCCACACGACCACCACCGCCAUUUCUGGUCAGGAGGCUCCUCCCCCCGCUCCUGCGCCGGCACAGGAUGGCGCUGCUCACGGCCCCCGCGGUGUUCGCCGCGCUCCUGCUCUUCUGGGCCGUGCUCGGCGGCACGGACGCCGACUACGUGCUCUACAAGGACGCCACCAAGCCCGUGGAGGACCGCGUCGCCGACCUCCUGGGGAGGAUGACGCUGGCGGAGAAGAUCGGGCAGAUGACCCAGAUCGAGCGGCUCGUGGCCACGCCGGACGUGCUCCGGGACAACUUCAUCGGCAGCCUGCUCAGCGGCGGCGGCAGCGUGCCGCGCAAGGGGGCCACGGCCAAGGAGUGGCAGGACAUGGUGGACGGCUUCCAGAAGGCCUGCAUGUCCACGCGGCUCGGCAUCCCCAUGAUCUACGGCAUCGACGCCGUCCACGGCCAGAACAACGUCUACGGCGCCACUAUCUUCCCCCACAACGUCGGCCUCGGCGCCACCCGGGACCCGUACCUCGUGAAGAGGAUCGGCGAGGCCACCGCGCUCGAAGUCAGAGCCACCGGCAUCCAGUACGCCUUCGCGCCUUGCAUCGCGGUGUGCAGAGAUCCGAGAUGGGGGCGGUGCUAUGAGAGCUACAGCGAGGAUCGCCGGAUCGUGCAGUCCAUGACGGAGCUCAUCCCCGGCCUGCAGGGCGACGUCCCCAAGGACUUCACCAGCGGCAUGCCCUUCGUCGCCGGAAAGAACAAGGUGGCUGCAUGCGCGAAGCAUUUUGUGGGCGACGGCGGCACGGUGGACGGCAUCAACGAGAACAACACCAUCAUCAACCGUGAGGGCCUGAUGAACAUCCACAUGCCGGCGUACAAGAACGCCAUGGACAAGGGCGUCUCCACCGUCAUGAUCUCCUACUCCAGCUGGAACGGGGUCAAGAUGCACGCCAACCAAGACCUCGUCACCGGAUACCUCAAGGACACGCUCAAAUUCAAGGUAAGAAAAAAAUCAAAUCAAAUUCAAGUUGAGCUGCUCUUCACUGCUUGGAUUCUUCAUAUGUUCAGAUGCUCAUGGCCUUUGUGGCAUCUUCUUAACUUUCAGGGCUUCGUGAUCUCAGACUGGGAGGGCAUUGACAGGAUCACCACCCCUGCCGGAUCUGACUACUCCUACUCGGUCAAGGCUUCCAUUCUUGCCGGCCUUGACAUGAUCAUGGUGCCGAACAACUACCAGCAGUUCAUCAGCAUCCUGACCGGCCAUGUCAACGGCGGCGUCAUCCCCAUGAGCAGGAUCGACGAUGCCGUGACCCGGAUCCUGCGGGUCAAGUUCACCAUGGGUCUCUUCGAGAACCCCUACGCUGACCCUGCCAUGGCCGAGCAGCUAGGAAAGCAGGAGCACAGGGAUUUGGCGAGGGAGGCGGCGAGGAAGUCGCUGGUGCUGCUGAAGAACGGCAAGACUUCGACCGACGCGCCGCUUCUGCCGCUGCCCAAGAAGGCGCCCAAGAUCCUGGUCGCCGGGAGCCACGCCGACAACCUGGGCUACCAGUGCGGCGGCUGGACCAUCGAGUGGCAGGGCGACACGGGCCGCACCACCGUGGGCACCACCAUCUUGGAGGCGGUGAAGGCGGCCGUGGACCCGUCGACGGUCGUGGUGUUCGCCGAGAACCCCGACGCGGAGUUCGUCAAGAGCGGCGGCUUCUCCUACGCCAUCGUUGCCGUGGGCGAGCACCCGUACACGGAGACCAAGGGCGACAACCUGAACCUGACCAUCCCGGAGCCCGGCCUGAGCACCGUGCAGGCGGUGUGCGGCGGCGUGCGGUGCGCGACGGUGCUCAUCAGCGGGCGGCCCGUGGUGGUGCAGCCGCUGCUGGCCGCCUCCGACGCGCUGGUGGCGGCGUGGCUCCCCGGCUCGGAGGGGCAGGGAGUCACCGACGCGCUGUUCGGCGACUUUGGGUUCACCGGGAGGCUGCCGCGGACGUGGUUCAAGUCGGUGGACCAGCUGCCGAUGAACGUCGGCGACGCGCACUACGACCCGCUCUUCCGGCUCGGAUACGGCCUCACCACCAACGCGACGAAGAAGUACUAGGUUAUUAUACUAGACAGCAUAAUGGAGAUAGGAAAACUGGGGACAUGAACCGUAGGUUCUUGCUUCCCGCCAUGGCUGCCGAUCGAUUUAUUUCGCUCUCGGCCGAUAUUUCUUACUGUUGCUUACUACUGCUAUUCUUUCUUACUGUUGCUGGUUGAUCUGGUGUAUUCAGUGAGAUCUCACUCUGCAAGCAGUAUAUAUCCAAUUGACGAGCUAUUUUAUUCA